CCCCCCGCCACUUCCGGUGUCACUUCCGGGUCCGCGGCGGGGCCUGGUCGCAGGCCCUGGUCCGGGGUCGUUACCGGGAUCGGGUCCGGGAUCGGGUCCGGGGAUGCGGCUGCUCCCGGCGCUGCGGCUGCGGCCGGGCCCGAGCGCGGCGGCCCCCGGGUACCGGCAGGGGCAGCGCCCGGAGCCGCGCACCCGCGAGUACUUCUAUUACCUGGAUCACCAGGGACAGCUUUUCCUGGAUGACACCAAAGUGAAGAACUUCAUCACCUGCUUCAAAGACGUGGCAUUCCUGAGCUUCUUCUUCAAGCAGCUGGAGCAGAACCGGAGCGGGCGCUACGAGGCGGAAUUCCCGUUCCUCUCCCGCUGCGGCCGGGAGCGGAACUUCCUCCGCUGCGACGAUCGUCCCGUCGUCUUCACCCACCUCCUGCCCGGCGAUUCCCGGCUCCUCUCCUACUGCGGCGCCGGGGAGCGCUUGGUGGUGCCGUUCCAGCCGGAAAAGCUAACGGUAUUCCCGGAAAACGGGCGGCUUUAUCAUCCGGCGCCGGCCAAAUCCGGCGGCGUGGGGCUGGUGCGCUCGGCGCUGGCUUUGGAAUGGAGCUCCCGCUUCCAGUACGAGCACGGGCAGGAGCAGCCGCCGACGCACUUCCUAUGGGAAGGCCGGAGCUACCGGCUCACUGAGGAGCUGCUGCCCUUGCUCUGGGCGGGAAGUGCCCGGGAAUGCUCCGAUAUUCCCAUCUCCACGUGCCCCACUUGAGCCGGGCGUUCCCGGUGGCCCCAUCCCCGGUGCUGCUCCGGUGCCACCAACACCACCACCUCAAGAAGCUUAAACCAGGAGCACCGAGCUGGUUCCUGCUGGGAAUCCGGGAUGCAGGGCUGGGAUGUGGGAUGGGGACCCAUGGGGGGGCGAGCGGGACAAUAAACGGCGCCGCGGUGCCGGGGGCUUUGCCGUGAGCCCGUCCAAGCAA